AAGUGGAAACCCAACCGGCAAACGGAACGGAAACCUCUCUCUCUCUCUCUCUCUCUCUCUCUCUCUCGGCUCCUCCCUCUCCUUGGUUCGCUGCUGCUGUCGCCCGCCACGACGGCGCCUCCUCCACUUCCAGAUCUUCCCGCCGCCCCCCCCAAAAUAGCGCCCACCAAAACCCUACCCCGCCUGCCCGUGCCCGCCCCUCCCCUCCCGUCCCCUCUCCUCGCGGUCUCCGCCCCCGGCCCCCGCGCCACGGGAGCAAUAAACCCUAGCCCCACCUCCGCCGCCCCUCCGCCAUGGCCGGCCCAUCCGGCGCCUCCUCCUCCUCCUCCUCCUCCUCGCGCGGCGUCGGUGGUGGCGUCGUCGACCGGUUCUACAGCCCGCCCCACGUGCGCCGCCAGCAGCAGGAGGAGCAGCUGCAGCGGCUCAAGGGCCUGGCCCAGGGGCAGGGGCAGCAGCGUCCGUCGUCCCCGUCAACAGCGGCGGGGACGCUCACGCCCAGGGCCGCCGCCGCCGCCGCCGCCAGGCAGCAGAAGACGCCACCGGCCGAGACGCCCACGCCCGCCCCGGUCAACGAGCCCGAGAGGCGGGCCGCCGACGCGCCCUCCAAGCCGCGGCCCGUGUCCGCGCCGCCGCCGGCCUCCACCGCCAAGGCGGCGGAUGCGGUCACCGCCGCUCCCCCCGCGGCGGCGCUGGAUGAGGCGGGGAAUCUCGACAGGUUCCUCAGCUCCACCACGCCAUCUGUGCCCGUGCACUACUUGCCCAAGACCAGCAUGAGGGGAUGGAGGAUUGCUGAUGUUACGAAUUCUCGACCAUAUUUCUGCCUUGGAGAUCUCUGGGAGGCUUUCAAGGAGUGGAGCUUUUACGGGGCUGGUGUCCCCCUUGUCUUAAGUGGAAGUGAAUCUGUGAUUCAGUAUUAUGUGCCGUACCUUUCUGGUAUACAGCUGUAUGUGGACCCUUCAAAGCUUUCAUCAAGGACCAGGCAUCCUUGGGAGGAAAGUGAUGGGGAAUCUAUGGAUACUAGCAGUGAAGGUAGCAGUGAAACUGAUGCUGACCGAUUAAGAAGCUCAACCGGGGAAGCAACAUGUCGAUUGGACGGUGGCUUUCAAAGGGAUGGUGAUGAAAUGCACUCACCAUCAACUCGUCCAAUUUUUGAAUAUCUUGAGACGGAUCCACCAUUUGGUAGAGAGCCUUUAACAGACAAGGUAUCAGUUCUUGCAAGUAAAUUUCCAGAUUUGAAGACAUUCAGAAGUUGUGACCUCCUGCCAACCAGUUGGAUGUCUGUUGCAUGGUACCCUAUCUAUAGAAUCCCAACUGGACCAACACUCAAGGAUUUGGAUGCAUGUUUCUUGACAUUUCAUUACUUAUCAACACCUUCCAAGGAUACGGAUCCCAGCACACCAGCAUGCCCCAGUUUUGGGGGCCUUAAUUGCUGUAUGAACGCCGCUGGUAAACUAACAUUGCCCGUCUUUGGACUGGCAUCAUACAAAUUGAAGAGCUCUAUUUGGUCCUCAAAUAGGCCUGAGGAGCAGCAGCUUGCAGCUUCGUUGAUGCAGACAGCAGAUGACUGGCUACGCCAUCGCCAAGUGUACCAUCCAGACUUCCGAUUCUUUCUCACCCACUACAACACAGCAUUGAGAUGACACGAGAUGGCUGCAUCUCGCUGUAAAUUGUCUUUAUUAUUAGUAUGUUAUAUGUUGUUGGCUGAGCCGGGCUACCUGUAACACUAUGUUGUUGAUCGCGUAACAUAGCGCUUCUCUGAACUUUUUUGGUAUGGUUCAGUAGUUCAAGCCAGACAGCUAAUUUGUAACUUCUGCAAUAAUUCUUUUGAUGUAGGUAAACUUUUGAGAGUAAACAUUAUGGAGAUCUGUAAAACAGAAACUGAUGGUUAUAAAUUUUUUAAACUUAUAGACCUGAGAACACAUUGCUCAUCAUUCAA